AUGGCGGGGCAACUGGAUGAAAUCAUCCGAGCCUUGCAGGGCCUUGCCUGUUCAAGCCAGCCAGCUGCCUCAAAGCAAGUGGAUGACUUGGACCUGCCCAAGCUGGUGCCGAACAAGCCGCUGAAACGCUUGGCCCCUGAGGGCAAUUUGCAGGCCAACAAGCAACCGAAGCUGGAGGAGGCUUUCUUGAAGGCGAAACAGCCCGCUGCAGCAGCAGUGGACUUGACCGACCUUGCCGACCUGGAAGACGAGCAGGCCCUGUCCGAGGCCAGCUCGCCAGCUGGCUUGGACGAGGAGCUGGAGGCAGCGCUGGAGCUGCAGCUGGUGGAGGCCCCGGCCAAGCAGGACGAGGACGCUCCUGGCCAGAUCCCUGUGUGGGCGCAACAAGCCCCGCCACAGCCGGAGCGCAAGGCGCCUUCGACCAGCUCUGCACGUGCUACUGCUGUUGCGCCGCCGGCCCAGCCGCAGUUUGCGGCGCCCAGCUCCAGCUCGGGCGCGGCCACUGCUGGGCCGGCUGCUGCGGUGACCACGGCCACGCACCGGAAGAUGCGCAUGUACAACACUGGCAAGCUCGCCGACUUCCCCAACAUGCACGCGCUGGCCUGUGGAACCUUGAAGGCCGCUGAGGUCGCGAUCGAGGCCUCGAAGAAGUGCAAGCUGCAGGCGGAGAAGCAGUACCAGCUGGUUCCUGUGAAGGACAUGAUGAAGCCGCCCUGGAACUUCAGCCAGCGCAAGGUGGACGCCAUCAUUGCCAAAGGUCAGGGCAUUGAGGAUGAGGAUGCUCCUGGCGUGCUCGAAGAGACCAGGUACUGGGUGCUGGCCAGCCAGUCCCGCACCGACACCACCAGCAUGGAGACCUUGCAGACCAUGCGGGUCAACGCCCGGCCCACGAAGGCGGCCAUGGAAACGAUCCUGGAUCCCCUCAACUUGGACCCGUGCAUGCUGAGAGCUGGUGCCCCAAAGCCGGCUGCGGCUGGCUUGUCUGGUGACAUCCUGCGCGCCCACGACGCUUACAACGAGCAGCAGGUCAACCGCGCCGAGAAGAAGGCGCUCUCUGAGAUGACCUUCAACACGCCCAAGGAGAAGGCAGCUCGCUACAGCUCCGGCCUCAUACGCACCGUCGAUCUUUUGUUGCGCCGCCGUACUUCAGGCGCCGAAGUGAAGAAGGAGCUGAAGGACGUGGCUGGCAUCCUCAUGGACAUGCCGCAGUGCGCUGAAGAGCUUGCGGGGGCGCUUCGGGACAGCCAGGGCCAGCUGACUGCGCUGAACGCCCAGCUGCUCUCUGGCCUCGCCACUUUCGAGGAGCUCACCCCGAUCUGCGCCGACAUCGCUGUGGCCGUUGACAAGCUGCGCCUCAUCAAGGGGCAGAGCAAGGGCCUUCUUGCGGAGCUCAAGAAGCGGCUGGCAGGUGCUGCCACUGCGGGAGAUGCCACGAUCACGGUCACCUCCGAGCUGGGCGACAUAUACAGCUCGCCGGUGUUGUCUGGCUACAACUCGCGCUCGCUGCGGGAAGGCGAGUUCCACCGCCGCGUUGCCGGGGCAGGCUUUGCACGCAAUGUGCGCCCUGUGUGGGUGGACUGCCCCAUAUGCACAGAAGAGGAUGAGGUUGAUAUCUCGCAGCUCUUCGUGCUCCUGCCGUCAGCUGUGGCCAGCGCCCUGCUAACCUCCAAACUGCUGCAGCAGGUCAUAGUUGACCGGUCCCACCUCCGGCUCUAUUGGCAGCACAUGCUGCUGGACUAUCCUCGCCACGAGCUUUGCGACCAGCCUGAGGAGAACCUUGAGCGGGCGAUCCCCAUAGUCUUGUGGGGCGACGAGGGCACCAGCAACAGGAUGGUCGAUGUCAGCUUGCUCCGGCACAACUCCAAGGCUUCGCGCAACAUAGUGUUCGCUUGCCCGACCAACGCCUACAUGAUCCACCAAAAGGUGAACCAGACCUUGCAAGCUCUUCUGCGUGCUGUGCAGCAAGACUUCGUUGCUUUGGCCCAAGGCCUGCAGGUUUUCACUCUGCACGUGGUUGCGGUGAAGGGGGACCUGAAGUACUUGGCGCAAGCCAUGAACUUUUCGCGGUUUCCAGGCUGCGAGGAGGUGUGCUUUCGCUGCACCGCUUCUAUGGGCCGCAAGGACAUCAGCACGGUCUACACUGACAUUUCCCCGCAAGCGGGCUGGCGUGAGGGGCCUGCUGCACCUCCGUACUUUGAGCUUCCGCCGCUCAGCGAGAUGCCCAACUUCACUCUACGCAUGGUCAGCGCAGACUUCAUGCACACCUGGAAUUUAGGUGUGGCUCGUGACUUGAUAGGAUCAUGUCUCAAGAUAUGCCUGAAAACGCAGUUUUGGCCUGGCCCGAAUUUGUCGCAGAGGUUCAAACAACUUCAGCGCGACAUCAACCUUUUCAAGAAGCAGCGCGGCUUGCAGAUGCACCUUCAGCAGAUUAAGCCGUCUCGCCUUGGCUGGGCUGGCGCAGAUGUCUGCCCAGAGUACAAAAGCUCGGCUUCGGAUGCCGCUGUUAUGGUACGGUUUUUAGCCUACAAGCUAAGCUUGAAGGCAGCCCCUCCGCCGUACGAGGGCUUGUCUGCGUGCCUGUACAGCGCCAAUAUGCUUCAAGAAGCCGUCACUCGUGGCAGCUGCUUCCUUAACCCUGCGGAAGUCGAGAAAAUCUCGCUUUGUGGGAAUGCAUUCUUGUCCUCGUACUUGCAGCUGGCCCACUUAGCUUCUUCUCGUAGGGACUACUACUUUAAGCUGCGUCCCAAGUUUCAUAUCCUGCAGCACAUCAUUUCUGAUGCUGCAGGCAGACCUAGCCAUCGCAAUCCUGGCUGGGAUAGUUGCUGGCUGGACGAGGAUUGGGUGAAAACCAAUCUUCGCAUGCUUCGUAGGAUGUCGCCUAGGACCUGUUGCGAGAACUUGCUUCAGCGGCACAUGCUUCUAGUGAAGCAGGAGCUGAGCAAGCACUUGGCCAGCUGUGUGUAA